CAUAAUUUAAAAAAAAAAAUGAAAAUAUAGCGAUCUGAAGAUGAUUUAUCCACAAAAUUACAGGAUGAUGCCGUUAAUUAAUCAGCAGAUAAUUUAAGUGAUGAAGGAUAAUUAGAAAAGAGUACUUUACAUUAUUCUUGGUUUGUAAGAACUUUUGGACCAAUGAAAAAAGGAUCUCUAAGAUAAUCUGUUAUUGCACUUAUGUGUGCAGCAAUGGGUUCAGGCAUGUUAUCCUUUCCUUGUAAAAAUAAAUUUUAAUAAUAUUUAUAGCAAAUCCUGUAUAAUCUGGAUUAAUUAAUUGCAUUGUUUUAAUGAUUAUUUGUGCAUUAUUAUCAAGGUUUUCAAUGUAUAUAUUAAUGAAAUGUGCAUUCAAAUAUGAUUAGCACUCUUAUGCAGAAUUAGUAAAAUUUGCUUUAGGUCCAAGUAUGUAAAAAUUUUAUUCUGUGGAUGUUAUUUGCUAUACUUUUGGAGCAAUUGUCUGCUAUUAAAUUUUAUUUACUUAAUUUGUGUGGCAAGUAUUAUUAAAGUUUAAUUUUGAUGAUUCAUACUAAGAUCAAGUCAGAUAUAUUGGAGGAUCGAUUUUCAUGAUUAUUAACUUUCCUGUAAGUAUGAUGAGAGAUUUAUAUUCCUUAAGAUACUUUACUCAUUUAUAGAUAUUAAUUAUAGCAUAUAUUUUGGUGACCAUAGUCAUUUAUUUCUUUAUUAAUGUUUCAGAUAACUUUGAAGGAGAUAAGAUAGUUUAUUUUGAUUUCAAUAUUUAAAUAACGAGUACAUUUGCUGCAACAUUUUUUGGUUUCAUUUGUCAUUAGUUAAUAUUCCCAAUUAGAUCUGAAUUAAAGAGAUCAACAUUUAAAAGAAUGUCAAAAAUAUUUAACAGAGCAAUCUUUUCUGAAGCUAUUAUUUAUUUAACAUUGAUGAUAUUUGGAUACUUGAGCUUUUUUGAGAAAACUGAAAAAAUCAUUAUUGAUAACUAUGAUGAUGUUGCAUUCACUAUAGCAAAAGCUUUAUUUGCAUUUAUUAUGUUCUUUGCAGUACCAAUCAACUUAAAUCCUUCUAGAUUGACUGUUUUGCAGUUGAUAAAUAAGGAAAAGAGCUGGAAAGCUUAUGUAAUUACUACAGUAAUUUUAUAAUAUACAACUGGAGUUAUUGCAAUGAUAUAUCCAAAUGUUAAGUAAUUAAUAGAUUUUAAAUUUUAGGGCUAUUUUUGGUUUGUUAGGUGGAAUAUUUGGUAUGAUUAUGGUUAUUGUAUUACCAUGUACAUUGUUUAUUACUUUAGAAUUGAAAGAAGGGAAAAAAUGGUCAGAUUCAAAUAUUAUAGUUACACUCAUUAUAGGAAUUGUCGCAGGAGUAGCUGGUUUUACAGGUGCAAUAGUAAGUUAAAUUUAUUCAUGA